CACUUUUCUUCAUUACUCUUUAUUAAAAUAUGGAGAUCCUUUAUUCCUCUACUUACAACUUUGUUGCACUGCCCAUAUUCUUUUCCUUUUUGUUUACUUUAUUUGACAAAUUACUUAGAAAAUCAUCAUCAACACAAGAAAAAUUGCCUCCGGGUCCAUGGAAACUUCCCAUUGUUGGAAGUCUCCAUCACUUGAGAGGUGCAUUAUUAUUUCCACACCGCACCCUAAAAAAUUUAGCAACAAAAUAUGGUCCUAUUAUGUAUUUGCAACUCGGAGAAAUUCCUGCCGUAGUCGUAUCGUCGCCUAAUAUGGCGAAAGAAAUACUAAAAACUCAUGAACUCGCCUUUGCUACUAAGCCACAACUUACAUCCAUAAACAUCACUACUUAUAAUUAUAAGGACAUUGCAUUUGCACCAUACGGUGACAAAUGGAGACAAAUGCGUAACAUAUGUGUUACGGAGCUAUUAUGUACCAAAAUGGUCAAGUCAUUUAGUUCAAUUCGGAAGGAUGAGAUUAUGAAACUCGUCUCAUCAAUCCGAUCCACGAAUGGUUCUCGUGUUGUCAACUUAACAGAAGAAAUUCUUAGGUAUACAAACUCCGUGACUUGUAGAUCAGCUUUUGGGAAAGUAUACACGAAUCAAGACGAGUUGAUAAAUUUGUUGAGGAACGUGUUGGAUACAUUAGGAGGAUUUGAUGUGGCUGAUUUGUUCCCGUCAUGGAAGUUACUCCACAAGAUGAGUGGGGUGAAAUCGAAACUCUUGAAGAUGCAUCAGAAGGUUGAUGCAGCUCUGGAGAACAUUGUUAAUGAACACAUUAAGAAUCGAGCCCUUGGAAGCAAGGGGAAUGGCGAUCAUUUAAUUGGAGGUGAAGAUUUGGUUGAUGUUCUUUUAAGAAUUAAGGAGAAUGGUGAACUUCAAUUUCCAAUCACAAGUGAUCACAUAAAAGCAAUCAUUUCUGACAUGUUUGCUGCUGGAACUGAAACUUCAGCUGCGACUAUUAUAUGGGCAUUAUCGGAAAUGAUGAGGAGUCCAAAAAUUAUGGCCAAGGCACAAAAUGAAGUGAGACAAGUUUUCAAAGGAAAGACAACUUUUGAUGAAGAAGAUCUUGAUAAAUUGACAUACCUAAAUUUAGUGAUCAAAGAAACAUUGAGGCUACAUCCUCCGAGUACUCUACUACCAAGGGAAUGUAGGAAACAAACAUAUAUUGAUGGAUAUAUGAUACCUCCUAAGACAAGAGUACUAAUCAAUAUAUGGGCCCUAGGAAGAGAUUCAGAAAGUUGGGACGAUCCUGAAAAUUUUAUACCAGAGAGAUUUGAAAAUUGUCGUAUUGACUAUAUGGGAAAUUAUUUUGAGUUUAUUCCGUUUGGUUCUGGAAGAAGGAUUUGUCCUGGAAUGCAGUUUGGUUUAACUAAUGUUAAACAUCCUUUGGCUCGGCUGCUCUACCAUUUCGAUUGGGUGCUUCCAUAUGGAGUUAGUCCAGAAGAGUUGGAUAUGAUUGAAAAAAUUGGCUUAAGUGCAGCGAAGCAGAAAGAUCUAUGUUUAAUUGCCAUAGAUCAUGCACAGAGACGAUGGUAAAAUUUGCUGUAAAUUCAUAAUGGUACCAUAUAAGUAUAAUUAAUAAUCUCCUUACAGUUUGGUGUAUGUAGUUCAA